AUGAGUGAGCCGUGGACGUACAACUCUCCUCCGGGGACGGAGACCACGGGGCCACGGAUUACCGCCAUCGCGUUGGUCUUUUCGAGUCUGUCGUUCAUCAUAGUGUCCAUGCGAUUAUAUGUUCGUAUGAUCAUGCUCAAGGCAUUCGGUCCAGGACUCGAGAACGUUGUGGAUAUGCCAGCGCAGAACCUCUAUACCUUUGGUUUGCUUCAAUAUGCCGGCGCGCCCUUCUACAUCACCAGCAUUCUGGGCUUCAAAAUCAGCUUGUUGCUUUCUUAUCUCCGCUUCAUUCCAAAAGGCAUCUACCGAUGGGCGACGCUCGCCACCAUGGGUAUGUGUAUUGCGUACCACAUCGCGUUUCUCGUGGUCCAAUUGAACCUUUGCACACCGCUGGCCGCUGACAACCUCAAGAUCGCCAAGCAGUGGGACCCAACAAUUACGAACGGAUCUUGCAUCCCAGGAGUCCCUUUUUACACGAGCAUGGCCUCUUUAACGAUUUUCUUCGACAUUGUUGUCAUGCUUCUGCCCUUCCCAGUCCUCGCGAAAUCGCAGAUCCAAAAGCGCAAGAAAUUUGUCCUCCUCGGUUGCUUCGGCCUUGGCGCCUUCAUCACCGUCAUCCAAAUCAUCCGAAUCCAGACCGUCCACGCGCUCGCAAACUAUCUCGACUCGGCGCCCCUCAUCAUGUGGUCCGCCAUCGAGAACAACCUCGGUAUAAUCGUGUGCUGCAUACCGACCCUUGCCCCCCUCGUCCAGUACUUCAAUGAGAAGAGCAGAUCGGGAAGCCGGAGUAACAAGUACGGUGGGGGGAGUGGGUAUGGCCGGAGCGGCCAGAGCGGGAACGUGGGCAGCAGGUACGCGCUGCAGAGCUGGCGCCCAGGAAUGAACGGAAUGCAGCCGCUGAGCAGCGGCACUGAUCGCAACGACGGCGUGCAAAACUCGAGGGUGGGAAAAGGGUCGGACGAUGAGAGUGCGGAUUACCAUCUUGAUGCGCCGAUUAUUAUGAAGAAGACGGAGUUUGUGGUGACGAGCGAUCCGAGGGAACCGGGCAUGGCUAUCUAA